CUUCAGAUUUGGUUCCAAAACCGUCGAGCCAAGUGGAGGAAGCAAGCCCGGCUUCAGCUUCUUCAAGACGCUUGGAGAAUGCGUUGUCUAGGAUUAGGAAGUGCUGCACCACUUCUUCUUAGACCUCCACCGGCUCCAGGAGUCGAGCGUUCUGAUUCUUUAACUCUACCGCCUUCGGCUGAUCUUUCGCCGCCGCAAAUAACUUCCGGAUCUCCGGAUAAACUUCCCGAUAAUCCGAACCAUCCAGUCUGUCGAGACUACAGGAUCCUGCCGCACCAUGGGUACCCAGUGAACUGCGAUAAAUCACCGGAAAGAGUGAAAUGUGGCUGUGGCUCUCCACCAAGGAGUUCAGGAUCUCCAACAGACAUCGAAGUCGAUUUAGCACCUCAGGAUAGACCUCAAGAAUCAGAAAUGGAUCUUACUAUAAAAACACCGAUGCCCACGCACCAUCCACAAAUUCCUUCAAUGUUUCAUUAUCUUCCAAGUGAACCGCAACAUGAUCUCAGUCCUGCCACGAGGUCCAUAGACGAACCACUGGACGUUACCUUAAACGGCAAUCGCAAUAAUAAUUAAUAAAAUUUAUCGAUUCUUUAGUUUAAUAUAUAAUUACACAUAUAGUUUUUAACCAUUAUAAAAUUUAGCUGAUGUGUUUCUGUGAUUAUUAUUUUUUUUUUCUACUUCAUCUAAUUAAUUAUUAUUAUUGUUUAAAACAUUCGAGUUUUUUUUUCAUUUAUAUAUUUAUCUACGUAAGAUCAAAUGUCAUGAAGCUCUUGUAAAUAUUUGCAACUUGCAUAUCUAAUAUAUAUAUGAUAAUAUAUGUAUAUCUCUAUUAUUAAAACACAUAAUUGCAACGCCGGAACUGUACUAUCAUGUAGUUACGUCGUUAAUAGAAGUCAGGCAAAGGACAUACUGUUGUUAGGUAAAUACCAGACGAAGAUUCCAUUUAAUAGUUGAUAAAAAAAUCUAAAAAAGAAAA